UUUAUACUGUUAACGAAUAUGUUCACAGAAAUGCGUGUUAUAAGCGUAUUUGCAGUAAUUUCUUCAAUUUUUUUUUUAUUGGGAACAUGUGUUAUAAUGCAGUAUGCUAUUCGGCAACCAACUAAAUGGGCUUCAUUGCCGGUAUCGGGUACAUUUGCCGGGACUAUAAUGUUUAUUGGAAUAUCUAUGUAUUCUUUUGAAGGACAGACUAUGAUCCUACCCGUUGAGAAUAAGCUGGAAACUCCCGAUGAUUUUCUUAAUAAUAUGGGUGUUUUACCAACGACAAUGAUCUUAUGCACAGUUUUUAUGACUGCAAUAGGAUUCUACGGUUACACGGCAUUUGGUGACGAUAUUGCACCUGCAAUCACAAUGAACGUCCCUAGAGACGGGUUGUACUCAACAGUAAACGUAUUUUUGAUGCUGCAGUCAAUGCUAGGACAUUCAAUUGCUAUGUAUGUUAUCCUUGAUAUGUUCUUUAAUGGUUUUCGGAGGAAAUUUACUGUCCGUUUUCCUAACUGUCCGAAGUUUAUCGUGGAUAAAGGCUUUAGAAUAUUUUGGGUUCUGAUAACAUACUUGAUGGCAGUCAGCGUUCCCCAUUUGGAAAUAAUGAUUCCACUAGUUGGGGUUUCUAGUGGUACUCUUUGUGCAUUAGUGUAUCCACCUUUGUUUGAAAUGAUAACAUUUUGGAGCGACUGGAAGGUACUGUUGUCUUUAAAAAAGCGGAUCUUAAAAAUAUCUAUCAACAUAUUUGUAAUGGGUAUUGGAUUUUUUGCAAUCGGAGCAGGCCUCUACGCUAACAUAACGGCAAUUUACCAACAGCUUUAUAAAACAGUUUGA